AUCAAGGUAUAUAAAUACAGCGACAGAUCUAUUCAGGCCUUUUCAAAUUGACUUCUCUUCUAUUUAAGGUAACUAGUACUUUCUCUUUGGAAUAACAUGCGUGACCUAAAGAUGUAUCAACAGAUGCAUGCAAUGCCCGCUGGGGAUGUUAAAGCAACGCUCGAGGAGUUCUCGUUUCCUUGGAACAAUAACGCUACAAUCCUGGACAUAGGAUGUGGCGAUGGUAGUAUUACUGUGGAUAUUUGGCAAUCGUACGCACCGAAGGACUUUAAAAUGAUUAUUGGUAGCGAUAAAAGCCAAUUAUGUGUGGACUUUGCAACGGAGCAUUACAAGAGCGAACGUGUUCAAUUUCUGAGGCUGGACAUAGAAGAAGAGGUACAAAAGGAACUAGUGGGAAGCUCCGACCAUGUAGUCUCUUCUUACACUUUUCAUUGGGUGAAUUUGCAAGAGACUGCAUUCUCAAACGUGUACAAGCUCCUGGCGGAAGGCGGCAGUUGCCUGUUAAUUUUUCUAGGAUAUUUCAAGCCGUAUGAAAAUUAUCGCACACUUUCACGUUUAGAAAAAUGGAGUGCAGAUCUAAAAGAUGUCAAAACUAAGUUUAUGUCCCCGUAUCAUGACUCACAGGAUCCACAAAACGAAAUAAUUGAGGUCAUGCAGCGAGUUGGCUUUAAAAAUAUCAGAGUAAAAUUGCAUCACAAAACCUUUGAUUAUGCUAGCGUUCAAGAUUUUAAAAAUAUGAUGAAGUGUCUGAAUCCCUUCGAAGGUCUGAAGGAUAAGUGGAACGACUUUAUGGAUGACUACGUGAAAUUGGACCCUAAAGCGGGAAAUAUCAGCUAUCAGUUGUUAGUUGUUAGUGGUACCAAGUAAUAAAUAAAUUAAAUUAAA